CGCGAUCAAGCAGAGAACAAAAUGAAUUUUGUGGCAAUCCUUCUUUUGGUGCUUUGUUGGAUAUACAUAUGUCCAGUGGCUGUGGUAGGAGUUAGAUUUUCUAUAUCAAGCUUUUGUGGUCAGUGUUAGAAGUAUCCCGAUCUAAAACACUAGCUUAAUACCGAACCUUUACCUUUCGCGCGCGAAAGGUCCUUAGUCAGGAUGUCAUAAGGAUUGGCUCUUACAGGACCUUUAGGAAGAAUAGAUUAGAACUGAUAGAGCUCACCAAUUAAUUAGAUUUUUAUCUGUAGCAACGUGGGACCAAUAGGGAUGAUGGCUAUUACUGGACGCCUAGAGAAGCUAUGAACAUUAUACAUAUUGCAAAUGAAGUUGUUUAGUUUAGGUUUCCUCCUGCCUAUAGUAAAACGGGACUAAUAAGGGAAGGUCUUGCUUAAUCGUCUUAAUCUCCAUGCAUGCAGAGCAGUUUAAAUAGUCUUAGGUCUGUCUUUACAGGUUAGUAAUGGAUACUCCUGACGAAACAUUCUCGCUCGAGACGUUGAACUGAUUUGACUUUUUUUCAGGUAGUUCAGCCACAAAUGAACGACAACUUAUUAAUUGAACAAAAGCAUCUACACUGCUCCCCCUCCCACACGCACACUUUUGAGAUGUGUUCAAGUCAGGUAGUUCGGACACAAACCACGGCAGAUUAUAGUAUAAUAUACUACCUACACUGGACUCACGCAUUUGAGAAGAUAAACCAACAGUUACAGUAUCUUUUGUUUAAAACUUUAGGACAUUACAGAUGUUGAUGAUUAUGAUCCAGGUUCAUGUGACAAGAGCAAUGCUCUCCAAGUGUACUCGGUAAAUGACAGGAAAAAUGAUAAGAAAUUGUGGAUUUGUAGCAAGGAGAACGGAAAUUACUUGUGGAAGCCUUUCAAAGGUGCGUACUUGUAAAAUAAGGGAUAGGGUCGACAGGUUAAAACGAGUGCGUAAUUUUAUUUAUACUGGUUAGCUUAUCAGUUCUAAACUGUAAUUUUCCCUAGACAUUCAUGCCCAUUGACCAAGUGUUACCAUAGGAGAAAACCUAAACUAAACUAAUUUGAACUACCCAAAAAAACCUCUGCCGUGUUUGAUAGAGUAAAACUGGAAACACUAUAGCUCUCCUCUCAUGAAACUGAGGUAAUUUUAUGAUCAGAAAACUGCAUAUUGUUGGAAUCUAACCCAGUUUAGAGGUGAAAGUUUGAUGUACUAAUAAUUGAGUUUCGUGAACUAGUAACUUGUAUUUUCUAUGUGUUUAGGUGAUGCUUAUCUUGGUGAAUUUCUUUACCCUGGUUAUGACUGCUCGGAUAUUCUGGAUCACGAACUAGAUGCUCAAGACGGGUUUUACUGGAUAACAUUGGGAGGUGCCACGAAACGAAAAGUUAGUACAAGUAAAUUUUAAUUUCAAAACAGUGGACCAGUAAGGGUGAAAGGAAUAGCCCCUUAAUUCUGGAACUAAACCAUUGAAUAAGGAAUGGUCUUCAUGCACCUUGUUUCUAUGGAGAACAGUAUAACAGUUUAGAACUGGUAGAACUAUCAGUAUAAAUAAAGUAACUUUCGUUCAGCUCUCCUCUAAUUGUCAGUGACGUAGCCUGGUAAAAUAGUGGGGCCCACUUGGAGAAAUUCUGACCAGUACAAGCAUGUACAUUAUAUUCUCAUUUCUUGUUAUGGAAAUUUUACAUCUUCCAAUAUUUUAAAUGUUCUACAUUCGUCUGUGAUUAAGUAGAGUUGUUAUGUGUUAAAUAGUUAUUUAAAAUCAUCAAAACUCAUGCUGGAAAUGGCACUUUACCGACUCUAGAAUUUAAAAAUUUUCCCGGGGGAGCAUACCCCCAGACCCCCCUAAAACGUCAUUGUACUAUAUUAUGCAUGGAUAGUGUAGAAGUCUGAAUAUAUUUUCACGUAAUAAACAAAUUUUAUUUGAACUACCGCAGGGUAAAAUUGCCUGGGCUCCUCCAGGGAUUUUUUCGGUCCCCUUGACUAGAAAUCCUAGCUACGUCACUGCUUAUAGUAGCAUUGUACCAAUAUUCAACAAGAUAUGCCCCUUACCCCCAGCUUGUACCUCAAUGGAGAUUGGAGAACAGUUAGAACUGACAAAUUAAAGCUAUUCACUAUGAAAACAUUAGUUUAGUUUAAGUUUCUUUCUUAACGAAUGACAUUUUGCUAAGCACAUAUAUAGCUCUAGUGUGCGCCGAGCUUUAUGGCCUUUAUAGGACCUCUGAGGGAUUUGUAAUCAUUAUAUGCCUCCUUUGUAAACAGGUGUGGUGUGAUAUGAAAACGAAUGGGGGAGGAUACAUGCUCGUCGCUCGAAAACAUAAUGCAAUAAUGUGGGAUGUCCCUUCUAAAGACCAGCCCGUGGAGCCCGACAGUUCGGAAACGUACUGGACAAGUCAGCUUGGAGAUGCUCCCAUCUUGGAUUUUAGGAUUCAGUUAUCGACAAGCGAUUCAUUUGAUAACACGAAAGCACAUUGGUAAUAAUAAUGUCAGGUUCUAAGUCUUGUGAUAUUAAAUGUGUGCUAAAAAUUAAAGGUGUUCUUCUGGUAAACCCAGAAUAUAAAACUAAAAAUGAAAGUACCGUACGACUUGUAUUAAGCUCCUAUUUAUUCUUGGCACGUUUACCAGCGGGGAAUUAGCUUGUAGCGGAAAUGUUUUAACCACAAAUUCGGUAAAAAAAUAACUAGCAUUUACAGUCUGUUCACUUUAUAAAAUAACGUGAAAUUCCAUGGCAGUUAAUAGAUCUAGUCAGCACACAUAUAUUUUUUGUGGAAGGGGAAUGACUAAUAAAUUGCUUCCUUUAAAAGGGGAGUUUAUUAGAGAGGGGGAUCACCGGAUAGGGGGGGGGUGAUAUGAAAGGGGGUAUUCUGAGAGAAAAAAUGUAAGGGACGAUUUAUUGUGUUUGUACAUGAUAAUCACAUUUACACUUACAUAGGUCAUUCAGACUGAAGAAUACAAGGAAAUUGGCAAACCUUAUGAUCACAGACCGCGGGUGUGAUGCUCUCUCGCCUGGAGUUGGAGAUAUUGCAUAUGUGAAUGAUUUGAUGGCAGAAAAAAUUGCGACAACAAACUUUAAGUGCUCGGUGUUUGGUCCAAAUACGGCUUCUUUUAUAAAAGUUGGAUGGGUAUAUGCAUAAAAAGUCUUAUACAUUAAUAAAUUAAUUUCUAAAUACAAAUGGGUACAGCUAUAGAUGGAAUACCUCGCAAUAGGAAAUUGUUAUUGGAUGUGGCCACAUGGUACAUCCAGCCAGGUAGCCAUAUGGCAGAUCGUGGCGCCAACAAAGUAAACCACUUGGUGUGGCGUGGUAUUCUAUAGUUAUUCCUAUAAAUGGUACAAAUAUUUUGAAAAAUUUUAGUCAAUGAUGAAUCAAUGUUUGAAAAAGCCUUGCGGAGGAUCUGGAUAUCUUCAUUUUCCUGGACAGAAGCCAAUUAAAUUUGAAGAAAAUGGCGUGUUUAGGUAGGCGCAGUACACAGGAUGUAUAAAAAAGCGGAAUCCAUCUUUUAUGCUUAAUAAUUUUCAGAAUUGUGUAUUUAGUAAUAACCGUACGCGAGAAAAAUGUAGCAGAACCCUCGGCAGAACCCAUCACUUUUAUAUUUUGAGAGACGUUUCGUACUGCUAAUCCCAUUUCAAAAUAACCAUAAAAGCAAACUUCUAUUUCGUAAAUAUUGGAAUGCUUAGAAAAAAAUCCUUUAUGGAAAACACAUGCCGCGAACUUAGAGCAAGUCUAUUAAAAUUCUAGUAAACCAAAGUGAUUCAGUAAUAUUUCAAAUUAUGAGAAAUUUGUGAAUCUUUUCAACAUUAAAAUUCUUUAUAAAGGUCGACCAAAAAUUUGGGCCACUGGAAGCAUGAAGCUAGCAAAAAUGAAUAACACUGAAAAACUAUUACUGCAUGGAGUAAAACACGGGACAUCAGCUUAUUGUUAUAUUAAUUUUUACAGCUAUAGUGUGUCAACCACAAAAUCGGGAAUAUACAACAACGCAACUGCCUAUGUCGGAUGCUUACAUGGCAAGGUAUAUAGCACGCAUCCCUAUCUUUUGAAACUUGUCUUGAAAAACGCUUUAAUUAAAGAUCCGGACAAUGGCAAAGUUCUCUAUGUAUGUGCCUUUACCCUCUGCGACCAACGUUUCAAUAGUCCAGUUUGACUUUACCGCGUACACCUCAGGUUCCCUCCAGGUAGUAUUAUUGCAUACCUAUACUGUAGCUGUUAGGUAUGGCUCUCACUCGAUCUCUCAGGGAAACUUCUCAGAACCAUUGAGCUAUCCAGUUUAAAUAUAAAAGUUACAUUAGUUUAGGUUUCUUCUUCCUGAUAAAUAAGGGAUAACCCUUACUGGACCUCCAGAGAGAACGAUUUAGAACCGAUCACGUUAUUUAGUUUAGUUUUGGAUUUCUGUAGUAAUACUGCCCAAGGAGAGAGCAAUUAAUGAUGGACGAAAUUAUUCAAUAUAAAUAAUGUCAGCUUGGCACCUUAGCUUUGAAUUGUGUGAAGUCAGGCCAAUUGAACAUAAACUUAUGACUCGAAAUCUAGUCCAGUCCGAAUUGGAGAUCUGGAUUUGAAAUGACAUCUCAUACCAUUAAUUUUGAUCCAGUCCAAGGACUGAAUUAAUACACACCAGGUAUCCAGUAUUAUCAUCAUAUCAUGUGAGCAAAAUAAAGCAAUACGUCAAAUACGGUUGGUUUACUCGUGAAUUAUUAAUGAGUUUGAAAUCUAUAUAUUCAACACAGUGCUGUGGAUGUUUUGGCCCAGCUGGUGGAACAGCAAACUACUGCGACACAAAAUGUAAUGCGAUAAAUGGUGGUACUAUUAUUGGCGCAAAGACAGUAUAUGCCUGGGUUUGGGUGAGAUCACGUCUUCCAAAACGAGUCUGGAACAGAUGUAUGGAGUACAAAAGCCAAGAUGAGAAUGGUCAAUUUCAAUGGUAUACUUUGAUUGGUGAUUCUGCGAUUCCUGAAAAGGUUAGACUUAAAUUAAAAUGAUGUAUAGGUAGUUACUGAAGCAUCACCCAAAAAGCAAAAGAGGACAUAGAUUACAUCUUCCAUAUAAUUAUAGAAAUGACAUAAAUUGUGAUCGGUUUCUAUAGCAAAGUUGAUACGAAGCCUCGACUUGGCGCUAUUCGGAAAUAGGCUUUUUGCCUCUGUUCCCUCAGUAUAUCUAAACCGACACGAUUUGUUACUAUUUGUGUCUUAAAAGGUUAGUUUAAAAUUAUUAACUUAAAAAGUUUUUUUGACGCAAUAAAUUUCUGUUAUAUUCUUUUCAAUUUCAGGGAAGAUGCUCUAACGCUGACGAGUUACGUUUGAACAGUGGGGUAAGAAAUACCUUGUAGUGCGCACAUCAAUGCAUAAAUAAUUAUAAAGCAAAAGAGAGCCCAUAACUUGCUUUGAUUUUAUACGAAUUAAUAGCUGUAAUGUGUGACAAAGAAUAAAU